GCAGGGAAACCAUAAAUCCAGCACAGCGACCUCUGUUGUAUGCUUAGACAAAGAUACCCACACUCUCUGGCAGUUUGUAUGAAUGCCUUCUUUACCGCAGACCGUCUGCCAGUUCUUUACUUAGAACUCUGCGAUUUCUUUAACAAAGAAUUCCCAAUCAGCAAAGUAAAAGGAUUCUGCGCGUCAGCAAUUACUUUGGCCCAGAAUGUCAAGUCCUGAGAUUGUUCGACAAAUUACCGACCUCAUUGGGGUCAUAGAACAGUUAAUGGCGGCAUUUGACUCUAUCAAAGACCUCUCUAACUUACCGGAAGCCUUUCAGGAAGCCAGUAAUUGGCUUCCCAUUGUUGAAAGAACCUUGCGAGAUGUCAAAGGCUCUGCGGAGAAAUUGAAGUCUGCUGAAGAUGUCCGGGCAUUGAAGACCGCCCUGUAUAGUUGCGACAAGAAAGCCGACAAUCUACUGGACAUUAUUGAACAACUUGGUGAAAAGUCAAAGGGCGAAUACCAUUCGUCAGUGUACCAAGGUAUAGUUAUGAGGCAAGGAAAGCAGCGUGUGGAGACCUUGAUGGACGGCAUCCUGGAGAGCCUAGGAGCAUUGGUGACACACAAGGCAUUUCUGGGUGAAAUGCACAAUCAGAUCAGCCUUCUGGCGAAGGGUCGCGAAGAUCUGGCGGGAGUUUGUCCUUCGCUGGCAGAUUCGGAUCUAGCUGACCUGCCUGGGGCUGCCAACCAGUACGGCGAGAACAGCCGCCAGUACAACUUAUUCGGUGAAGGUACACAGAGAAUCGCAGAUGGCCACUAUUUCGAGGCCAAGGGGAACCAAAACUUUGGUAUAUUACCACCCAAGGAGGCUGUGGAGAGCAUUUAGCGGUUAUACUAGGCCGGCAUUGAUGUUUGCUGAGUGACCUUCUACGAUGAGAAAGUUCUCUCGGUUAAUGAAACUUAUUAAAUCUGAGUUCUUUUGGAUGGACCAAUGCUAAAUAGCACAAUAUACCCCGCUGAGGGUUAGCUAAGUUAGGAGGCGCGAGUUAUCCUCUGAUAAAAAACGUUGAUCCAUACAGCGUCCAUCAAAUCCUACUUC